UAAUUGCAUGCUUUAUAUAACUAAUAUUAUUAUUAUUAUUAAUAGUAUAGUACUAAUAGUAUUAUUAUGCUAUUAUUAUUCAUCCUUAUGAUACGAAAUGUGACAAAAUGUAUCGUUUUAAAGCUAUGUGCGUAAACGAAACGUACUGCUUCUUCAACUAAAAAGAUCUGAAACCUGCAAUUAAGAUCAAAGAACCAUCAGUGAGAUGUAGUGACAGAUUUUUCUUCCCAACAGUUAUGUUAUUUUAAAAAAAGACCAACAUUAAGAAACAGUUUCUAUUAAAACAAACGGAACGUAAAGCAGGACAAACUUAAUUAAAAUUUAAUGGAUAAAUACCAAUAGGCUGCCAAAGCCACACGUACUAAAUUAGAAGUUAGUUAGUAAUUCGUUUUAUCGAUAAUGUUUUAAUUACACAGUUUAUGGUUUUAUUUUAACCAAACAAUCAACACUUUUAUUUUAUGACGAAGUACGGAUUGUAGUUUUAUGGUUUUAUUUUAACCAAACAAUCAACACUUUUAUUUUAUGACGAAGUACGGAUUGUAGUUUUGCGCAGGCGCACUGGGGCCUCCGAUGACGUCGCCUGCUGACUUUAGGUUAACAGCACAAAAAGUUAGACGUAAUUAGCUUUUUUAAAAAAUGCUUUAAACUACUUACAUUUUAAACACUUUAAAAUAUGGAUUUGAAACAAACCGUUGAUAACGUAAUGUAUUUAAGAAGGUAAAUAAAUCGUUUUUGACUUCCGAAGUUCCAGUCCAGCCCCGGCGGCUAACUAGAAAAAAAAAAGUCAGACGGCUGCGGCUAAAACGUAAGCGAAGCUAAAACGGAAUUAGUAGAAAGGAGUUAACACAUCGUAAUGUGUCUGUUUAUAUGCUUGCUUUAAUAUAGCGGCACUGUCAAUAAGUGACAGUGAGACGUACGGUGUUAGGGUUGUUAAAGCAGUGGGACAAUAUCAUGUCAGCUAGCCUGUGUUAGCUUUAGCAAAAGAACAUAGCUGGGCACAGCUUUGAGACAGUCAGCUGACAACCUGCUGUAAGCUGCCAACAGAAACAACAGCAGCAGCAGUGAUGGACCAGCUCAAAGUCAAGGAUCGCAUACUGGAAAACAUCUCCUUGUCUGUUAAGAAGUUGCAGAGCUACUUUGCAGCUUGUGAGGAUGAGACUCCAGCUAUCAGAAACCACGACCGUGUUUUGCAACGCCUCUGCGAACACCUUGAUCAUGCCCUGCUCUAUGGGCUGCAGGACAUCUCAUCAGGCUACUGGGUGUUGGUCCUUCACUUCACCAGGAGAGAAGCUGUUCGACAAAUAGAUGAACUGCAACACAUAGCAACCCACCUGGGUCGAAGUCGAGCCUGGUUAUACCUUGCCUUGAGUGAGAGCUCUCUGGAAAGUUACCUGCGCCUUUUCCAGGAAAACCAAGGAUUAUUGCACAAGUAUUACUUCAAGAAUGCACUAGUUUGCAGUCAUGACCACCUCACUCUUUUCCUCACAUUGGUGUCUGGCCUCGAGUUCAUUCGCUUCGAUCUGGAGCUGGAUGUGCCCUAUUUGGACGUGGCCCCCUACAUGCCAGAGUACUACAAACCACAUAACCUCCUGGACUUUGAAGAGAGGCUGCCCAGUUCUGACAGUCUAUCAUUACACUCCUUUACUUCCCUGACAUCCACCAACUUGGAGUGGGACGACAGUGCCAUAGCCCCCUCUAGUGAAGAUUAUGAUUUUGGUGACAUCUUCCCUGUGUUGCAGUCAUUGCCAAGUGCAGACUGGGAAGAAGGUGACCUGACUGACCAGGCCAGCUGUCCACGAUCCAGUGGUUCUGAUCCGCAAACUGUCAUUAGUGACAGAGUGGUCCUUUGUACCAGCGCUGUCAAGGUUAAAGCAGCAGCCCAUCCCUCUCAACACAGCCCCACCUACAGACACAACCCCUUCAACGAGGACUCGGACACUAACACCACCAACACUUCAGCCGACGUCACUCCAGUUCAUGUGGCCAAUUGCCAUAAUAGCAACACUGGAGAGGACACAGAGAACACCAGCAAUGACCUGGAAGUUAUCAGGAUAGCCAGAAGAAGGAAAUCUUCCAAGAAGCGACGAGGAAAGGGCUCAACAGAUUCCAGCAGCAGCAUUCACAACUCCUUCUCCUCUGAUCACAUGGAAAUGGACAGCACUCUCCUGGCCUCCGAGGAUGUGGACUCGUUGAACUGCACUCUAGUUUAUGUGGAUAGUGAGGGCGGUUUGAGCAGAAGCAGGGUCGGGUCAGAGACAGUGGAGGAGGGAGAUGAGGAUGAAGGAGAAGGCCUCUUGCGUCUCCCGGAAAUGAGUGACACAUCCAUGGACAGUGUGGGCCAACCACUCAGAGAGGUCAUAGACAGGUUUAAUGGAGUUUUGGAUAAGGAGGAACCGUGGGAGCCCACAGAAGAAAAGCAGGAGGGGGAAACUAAAUCCAAUGACCAGAAACCUGUGCCUCCGGCUCAGCAGCCCUUUCGAGAGGACUCAGGGGGCAAGCCCCCUGACCCCGUAUCGGGGCCGACGCCUCACUCCCCUCUGGUCAACGGCUCACAGUUUCUGCAGACCCCUCCGUCCUGCGCUUCCCCCAGCAGUCCAGACUCUGCUCCCGCAGGUGGUGGCUGCUAUGACACUUCAGAGCAUGGCCAAUCACAGACUGUUUCAGGUGGCCAUGAAGAUGAAAGAGAAGCAAAAACGCAAACAGGACAAGAACUCCUCGUGAAGGAAAAGGAUGAUGACGUCCAAGGCGAGGGUCCAGACCAGAAUAAAACGAAUGCAAAAAAAACACAGCUGCAUGAAGAACAGCGUAGUCCUUCAGAAACAUCUCACCCUGCAGAGUUUAGGGUGGACAACAAUCACCUGCUUCUUCUUAUGAUCCAUGUGUUCAGAGAGAAUGAAGAGCAGCUCUUUAAGAUGGUGAGGAUGAGCACAGGUCACAUGGAGGGAGACCUGCAGCCACUUUACCUGCUCCUCACUGACUGUUACAUCUACCUGCUGAGGAAGGGUGCUGCAGAAAAACCCUACACAGUAGAAGAUGCUGUGUCUUAUAAUGAGUUGGACUAUCUUUCAGUGGGUCUCGACCAACAGACUGUGACAUUGGUUUGCACCAACAGGCGAAGAAAAUUCCUGUUGGACACAGCUGACUGCUCACUGACAAUCUGGUUCCUGUCUGUGUUGAAAUCAGCCAUGGUGAAAGGUUGUCGUGAGCCUCCGUACCCCCUAGUUCUGACUGAUGCAACUAUGGAAAAACUGGCUCUGACUAAGUUUGUUUCCCAGGAAUCUCACUGUGAGGUUUCAGAAAUUUCUAUUCAUCUUUAUUCACUGGUCCACUGGGAAGAUCCCAUGGACAUGGUGUUGUCUCCUCAAAGUGGAACACCUGGAGGUCAUUCCUCUACAAAGGAAGGGACUCUGCAGUACUGUUCAGGAACCACCUACCUGGGCAAAGAGCUGUGGAAAAGCUGCUACCUCAUCCUCAGCAAAGGGAUUCUUUUCCUGUAUGCAGAAAAAACUGACAUGAUACCUCUGCUGUCCAUCACCAUGGGAGGGGAGCACUGUGGAGGCUGCAGACGUUCCAACAGCACAGAACGGCCCCACGCCUUCCAAGUGAUUCUGGCAGAGCGCCCACCACUGGAGCUCAGCGCCAACAAUGAGCAGGACAUGGCCGACUGGAUGCAGCUGCUCUGCCAGUCUGUGUCUAAAGGGGUCAUCCCUCAGGGUGUGGCCCCCGCCCCAUGUAUCCCAUGCUGUUUGGUGUUAACAGACAGAAAACUGUUAACUUGCCAUCAGGACUGUCAGACCAGCUUUUUCCGUUCUCUGGGCAGCGCUGAUAUCUGUGAUGUCAUCGCUGUCAACCUGGAGGAUGAAAAGGAGUACUGUGUCAUUGAGUUUGCAGCCGAUAGGACCCAGUUUCUCCCGCCGUGGGUCUUAUACUUCAGCAGCUGUGAUGAGAGAAAUCGAUUGCUGCAGGCCUUAGAAACCACAUGGAAGGACAUAUUUCAGGUUGACCUUCCCCACAAGGUGGUGUCCGAUCUGUCAGUGCAAAAGCGUUGUAGUGAGGCCCUCGGCCUGAUGAAAAGUGCCUGGCAGAGGGCAGACAGUCUGGCCAGAGGCAGAGCCCAGCGUGAACCGUGGUGCUGACGGAGCCACAUGUAUGUGAGGACACACAGGACUAUGUUUGGGUAGCCUGACUCUGACGGGACUUAAACAGGACAAAAUUCUCAGUGACACAGUGAUGGAAUGUUUCUAUUGGAGGAACAUCCAGAAGACGUAGAAAGGUGUAAGGCACAUUAUGUUUGCACAGAUGCAUCAGUAAGACAUUAGUUUUAAAAAGAAAAUGAAUCGACUUCCAGCUGAAUGAAGACAUAUUCUAUUUAAAGGUAGAUAAAUGCAGGCGAUGGUUUCUGCCCUAGGCUGGGUUCCAAAGUAUCGAGUACCAGACGAUCUAUGUGACUGUACACUGUGGCUGUACAUGUGACAGUGUUACGACACAAAUUAAAGCGUAUAAUAUUAUUAAUUAUAGUAUAAUUAUUAUUUAAACAACUGAUUUCUAUUACUUUAUAACAAUUUCUGCUUUGUACCUGCUGAAUACACUGAUCAUCAGUGUAUGGAGAGAGAUAGAUUUGCUGAAUGGCACACUGAUUUGUGUUAUGGAAAAAAAAAAACUUUUUAACAAAUAUUUUAGCCCCAACCCACUGACACAAGUCAUAUUUAAGCAGUUGGUGGGUAAUUCAAUUUAAAUGUUGCAUUAAAUUAAAUAAUCUGAAUCAGUGAUGAAUAUUGAUACAAACACUAAAUAGAAGUGGGAACGAUCCGUGACCAGGUUCUAUGCACAAGUGUGAUAACAGUAUUAAGGUUUUUGAUGUCUCUGCUUCUUCCAUAAUUCUUGUAAUAUAGUACAGUACAUAUCAAAUAAGCCAUAUAUGAAUGAAGCAGGUGUUGUUUUUUUUCCCUUGCCUAUGAAAAAUACAAUCCCUUUAUAUUUUGUUUACUAUUUAAAAAUCUGGUUUGUGACUUUAAACCAAACCCCAGGUGACUGUUUCCCAAACCUGGUCUGUAGGGCCUUGUAGGCAGGAAUAACAACACAUACAACACAACUAGCUUUGAUUUCUUCACCUGUCCUAGGUGGGAUAAGUCUGCUUAGUACAUAUAGAAGCCUAAAUCUCAUUAUUUAUGGGUCUGAUAUAUGGUUGUAUUUUGGAGCUUUUUUUUUAUUAGAUUAUUCUUUCCUCCAUACAGCGUUAACAAGGAUCAGUAAGGAUAGUAUGAUAACUCAUGUAUUCUACGCUUUGUUACAUAGGUUUCUUCUGUUUUUCUAAAUUUCUUAUUUCUCAGCUUAAAGGUUGAUCAAUAUAAAAAAAAAGAUUCUAAAAAAUGAAAGAUUUUCCUUUUUUUACACUUUCAUCUGCUGGAUGGAGGUUUCCAUGCAUACUUGCACAUCAAUUUUGUUAAAUGGUACAAGUGUAGUUUUACUUAUAUUGUGAUAAAUACUUCAAUUACUAUUAAGAAUAUCUGUUUACUUUAUUGACUGGGAGUUGAGGCAGAAUUUUAUUUCUUGCUGCCCCUCGGCCUCAGGGCCUACUGCUAGCGGCUAAUGGCAUUAGCAGAUUGUGCAUCCUAACGUGUGACUACUUGGCUAGCUCAGACAAGCCUGACCAACCAACCAGAGCGAGUGAUGCACUCAUGUUCCUGGGAAACACAUAGAUUUAAGUGCCCUACCUAAAGCAAUUUUUUCCCCUUUGCGUUCGUGCAAAUUAGUUGCACUUCCUACAUAUAACCUCUUGGGUGCAGUGUUUUUCUGUAUUUGAGCUGAACAGGUUUGUUAGCCGUUUAUCCAGUGACAGAUGAGCACAUUCUUUUAUUGGGUGUUGAAGUUGGCACAGUCAUGAGGAAUACACAGUA